UUGGUGUGAUAUGUGCAGCUCCGGCGGUGGAAGGAGCGUGGUGGAGAGCUCAGGUCAUCACCUUCUACAAAGAAACCAGUGAAGUGGAGAUCAGAUAUGUGGACUACGGCGGCUACGACAGAGUGAAGAUCGACUCACUACGGCAAAUAAGGUCUGAUUUUGUAACACUACCGUUUCAAGGUGCUGAAGUGCUGCUCGACAACAUCGCUCCUCUCCCAGGAGAGGAUCGUUUUUCGCCGGAGGCCACGUCAGCGCUGGAGGAGAUGACCAGAGGAGUGGCGCUGCUCGCACAG